AGACAAAGGCAAGAGCUUGAUAGUGAGCAAUAAUGGCAAUUAGUGUAUGUCGUUUACUUUGUGUGCUGAGUUUGUUCUUCAGUGUCACCCUUCUCAACCUUCUUGGCUGCUCUGCUCAAUACUUCUUUAUAUUUGGAGAUUCUCUGUGGGAUCCCGGCAAUAACCAGUAUAUAACUCCCGGAGAAAAGAUCCCAUCGUACUAUCCACCUUAUGGCACCACUUUUUUCAACCAUUCCACUGGUAGAUUUUCCGAUGGCCGUGUGGUUCCUGAUUUUAUUGCCAUCAAGUUGAAGCUGCCUUUUAUUCCUCCAGUUCUAGAACCCAAUGCAGAUCUCACCAAUGGCGCCAGCUUCGCUUCUGGUGGGGCAGGCGUUUUCGACAGUAACCCGAAUGCAAUGAACCUUGAAAACCAGAUAGGCAACUUUACAGCAGUUGCUAAAAUGUGGAACGAAACACUGGGCGAAGCCGAAGCCAAUAAGAGGUUGAAGGAAGCAGUCUACAUGGUUGCCAUGGGUGGUAACGAUUAUUUUUCCUUUACCUUUCAAAACCCUAACGCCACCUUCUUAGAACUCAAACAAUAUGUAAAUGAAGUGGUUGGCAACAUCACAAUACAAGUCAAGGAAAUAUACAAUAUAGGAGCAAGGAAAUUUAUGUUUCAGAAUGUGGCACCCAUUGGUUGCUUGCCAAUGUUUAAACAACAAUUCAACAUUUCUGGUGAUGGGUGUGCCCAGCUACCAUUGACACUUUCAGUACUCCACAAUGAAGCUCUAACUGAGAUGGCUAAUACACUGGCAAAUGAAUAUCCUGAUUUUACUUACUCAAUCUUUGAUUAUUUCACUGCCAUCGGACAAAGAAUAAGUAAUCCUAAAGACUUUGGUUUUGAGGUGGGAAAAAUUGCUUGUUGCGGCGAUGGGAGUCACCGUGCUAGUAACUGUGGAUCAUUUCCUUACUGUGUCUGCAGUAAUGCGUCCAAUUAUGUGUUCUUCGACGGUGGCCAUAACUCUGAAGCUGCCAACAAUCAGAUGGCGGAGCUGAUGUGGAGCGGAGGACCGGAUGUUGUUUACCCUUAUAACAUGAAACAACUAUUUGAUUUUGAUUCCACAGUCAAGACUUUCUCCAAAAAGUAUAGUCUCUUGAAAAUGCGGCUUGCUUAAUCUGUAAUUACUCCGCUAAAUAAAGCAGAGAAACACCUCCGGCUGUAGCUCUUGGGGGAGUGGUGCUUCUGUACUAGUUGAAAUAAUAAAUUUCGAUCUUAGUGUUGAAUAAAACAAAACAACACUUAAAAAUUAUAAUUUUUAGUACUCA